AUGUGGUACGGAGGGAGUAAUAAUUUCAGCGGUGAAAUUUCAAGGGAAAUCGGAAACAGGCUAGUUAAUGUUACCUCGGUCUUGCUAUCUGGUAAUCAACUUACUGGAUUUGUUCCCUUUUCUACGUGCUCUAGAGGACCUGGAUUAGACUCUAAUACCCAAUACAUUGAUCUCUCCAGUAACAAACUAUCAGGGAGUAUACCUACUACAAUAAGGUACUGUACUUCUCUUGAAUACUUAAAUCUCGGCUACAACAACCUCGCUGGAAAUGUUCCAAAAGAGCUUGUACAAGCGAAGCUACUGCAAAUUCUUCAAUUAAAUGACAACAAUCUUAAUGGUACUGUUCUUGAUUUCAUCAGUGCACUCUAUAAAUUGCAAGUUCUUUACUUGGGGAAUAACAACUUUGGAGGAAGUAUAUCCAAUAUGUUUGGUUCAUCACUCAACAGCCUUAAGAUUCUUUGUUUAAGGUCAAACAAUUUCAGUGGGUCAAUCCCCGAAGAGAUUGCCUAUUUUGCCGAACUCCAAAUAUUAGAUUUAUCGGGAAACAUUCUCUCUGGGUUAAUUCCUAAUUAG